AUGUCCUUGAAACGGCCGAUCGCUACGAAGAGGGAGACAAAAGUGAUCGAGCGCGUUCAGUCAAGGAUAUCAGAGGAAGGUCACUUUCACAAGGCUCUACUUGAUUACAAGAACUUGUACAAGGCAGGUCUAAUCAGCGAGCUUGAGUACCAUCGAAGGAAGGAGGAAGAAGAAGAAAAAGAUAGGCAAAGUAAUGGCAGGAGGGAGAGAGAUGACGAAGACGAAAACUGGUUUCUCGCGGCCGAAGACGAAGACGCCGCGCUAGGCCGAGGGUGCAUCGGCACAAGAGGGGUGGCCGAGGCCGAACUGAUACGAGAGGCCCACCUCCAAGUCACCGGGAAGAGGGUGAUAGAAGGUGCCCUCGAUGUGACCCCUCUACCGAAGAGGCCAAGGGGGCUGAACGAGGAAGCAGCCGUCCUCGUGCCAGACGAUGACGAGGAUACCGAGGCUGACCUAGUGAACAUUGCCUGCCCUCGGAAGGUGGUGUCGUUCGUGAACUGCUUCAUCGAGGGCGCUCAGAUGGAGCUUCCAGAGUUGGAGCAGUUGCCGAUGAAGUCCUUGCGCGAACAGGCCGGUCAAGCCUUCCGCCUCCAGGCUGCCGCGAACAUGGAGAUGUGGCUCGGCAUGAAGCGGGCUGUCAAUACGGCCGAGCAUGUCCAAAAAAAAGGGGAGGACGACCGAGCCAAAGUUGCCGAAGCUGGUAAGAUGCUGCAGGAGGCGGAUCGGCACGCAGAGGAGAAUGCCGCCAAGAUUGCCGAGCUAUCUUCCAGGUUGGCAGAGGCGGAGAGGGCGGCAGUGGAUGCUGACGAGGCGAGGGCGAGGGCAGAGGCGGCGAAGGAGGCCGUGCUUCGGUCUCGGGUGACGGAAGUGGAAGAAGCCAAGAAACAGGCCAUAGCGAAGUACCGAGACUCGCCUGACUUCGUGGCAUUCCUUGACAAGGAGGUGAUGGUGCAGUGCGAGGAUCUCAUCUACCGGUUCAAGCGUUUUAACGCGGACAAAAAAUUGAAUUUGAACUUCCUCCGGGAACCGCCGCCGUUGCCCGAGAGGGUGACCGAGGAUAUGGUAGAGGCAUACCUCGGGGAGGAUGCCGAAGCGGAGACCUCGAGUGGCUCGGAGUCAGACAAUGAGGAAGAAAAUUGCCGUUUGAAAGUUAGAUUGUACAAAAGCGUAGUGGCGGAAAGUCCAGUCACUUGUAAUAAAAUUUCAAAUGUUAAACAUUCCAAGGGUGGCCGAGGGUGUGACCAACGGAGCCACGCAAUCGGUAGGUGCCGGGUCGGCAGAUGCUGA